AUGCAUACGGCUCAUUUAGCGGAUGCAGGUUAUGACGGGCAGAUGUAUAGCGACGCCUGGGGUCAGGGGGAGCCGGACUCUGCUGACGAGGAGGCCAGCUUCGCUAAGAUAGACCGCGCUCUGGCAAUGGAGGUGAAUAUUCCGUUGGACAAUAAAGGAGAGUUGGUAACUUUCCGAGAGGUGCGGCAGUGGAAGAUGCCUACGUUGAUGGAGCUGACUCGGUUGAAGGAACGGAUCAACAACGAGUGGAUUAAGCCUCUGAAUUUGAAGCAGCAGGAUAUAGUAAAUGCGUCGGGUCUCGGGGCGCCGUACGUUUGUUACCUCUUGAAGGAUCCCAACAGUCCCAACAUGAACCGUCGGCGCAAGAUUGAAGUUUAUUCGGUUUUAACGGAGCUGUUCAGGAAAUAUGACUCAAAGGUGGUUACAAAGGAUGACUUCACUCGUCUGCGGAAUACCCGCAUAGCUAAUCGCUUCCAGGGACCCCGCCAAGACAGGACCAACCGAGCUGCCGGCGCUGCAGCCAAUGCGGUGAAACAACAACGAAGAAGAAGACGCCGCGGACCAUAUGGUGAGGAGGACGAUGGGGACGAGGAUGACGCCAGCACCGUAGACGAAGACCUCCAGGAUUCUACUGCCGGAAGCUCUACUAGAGCCCGCAGAAAACGAAGACAGCUUUAUGGACAAGGUGUUCCUGGCGGCGCGUAUCCCGGAUAUGAAAUGGGUUAUAUGAAAGGAUAUUACGGUCAACAGUAUCAUCCUCAGCAGCAGCCGCAGCAGUACCCGAUGCCGUGGAUGCCGUCGGCGAACGUGCCCUACUGGCCUCCUCAUCAGUACGUAUAUGCCUACGCGCGCGGUCAGAGAUUCAACGAGCAAGGCGAAGUGCUUCCUUUAGGUCCAGAAGGCCGGACGUUUGCAGCGCCAUAUAGCCAGGGUUUUCCGCCUGUGAUCAGGAACAUCACAAGCCUUCAGUCUGUGGUGGACGGUCCGCCGCCUACGGGUGCAGUCGCCCCAGAUUUGGAGGGGGCGGGCGCUGGGACGGCGUACGCUCCGGCCAAUCCCAUAAAUAAUGCAGCGCAUGAUGCCUGGGUGAAGAGCAAGUUGAAUAAACAGUGUUUGAUCCCGAAGAUCGAGAACUCCCAGACGGUCUGUCGCGAGCCAAGCACCCAUGCGUUUGUCUUCUUGGUCGAGCCCAACAGUUGCUUGCUGCCUGUGGGCGUUCGGAUCGGGUCGGACACGACCUCCACUACCGCAGGUGAUAGCGCAGCCGACGACGACCUGUGGAACAUUUCCGCGCUGCGCCGUUAUGCUGAACGUGAAGACUGGUUGGCCGAGAACCGGGAGUGCGACGAUUCGCUGUGGGUGCUCUGGGACAUUCGCGAGAGUGGCGCUUCUGUCCAGUCUUUGUUUGAGCGCUGGCGACACGAUCACCACCUGAACGAAGAGCAGCUAAACGCAUUGGCGCGAUCGUUCCUGUCACAGUACGUCUACUUGAGGGACACAGAGCUCGCCUUCCAAGCGCUCCUGCCACAUGCCCCCCCAAACGAGGAGUUUAGCCGCGCUGUCGAGAUUAACUGUGACCUGGUCGAAGAGCGCAUCCGAGUCAAAGAUAGCUUCGUGUGGGACAUACGCGCCUCCGACUGGGAUCUAACCGCCCUGCUCUCCAACUUCGUGAGCGACUUCCAGCUGGAUAGCCCUGCCAUCUCUUCGCUCUUCAUCGAUUUGAAGAUUACUAUACUCCGGUACCGAAAGGACUGGGUGGCUAGCAUGCUCGAACGGCUCACAGCCGAAGGGAAAAUCGAUCCAUCCAGAGUCAUACCACAUACUAUGGGCCUCAGCAGAUGA